CCAGUACAGUGGCAGCCCCAGAACCAGGACCGUCGGGGUGGUGAGGCAGCCUGCGCACUAAGAGCCGCAUUUGAGGCUCGGCCCCAGAGUUCUGCACCUGCCCCAGACUAGCCUGCAGCACCUCAUCCCUGUACCCCCUUCCUUUCGGGGAGCCCCCAGGAUGGUGAGGUGGUUUCACCGAGACCUCAGUGGGCUGGAUGCGGAGACCCUGCUCAAGGGCCGAGGCGUCCAUGGGAGCUUCCUGGCUCGGCCCAGCCGCAAGAACCAGGGCGAUUUCUCCCUUUCGGUCAGGGUGGGGGAUCAAGUGACCCAUAUUCGGAUCCAGAACUCAGGGGACUUCUACGACCUGUAUGGAGGGGAGAAGUUUGCGACACUGACGGAGCUGGUGGAGUAUUACACACAGCAGCAGGGUGUCCUGCAAGACCGGGAUGGCACCAUCAUCCACCUCAAGUACCCGUUCAACUGCUCUGACCCCACCAGCGAGAGGUGGUACCAUGGCCACAUGUCUGGGGGGCAGGCAGAGACACUGCUGCAGGCCAAGGGCGAGCCCUGGACGUUUCUCGUGCGUGAAAGCCUCAGCCAGCCUGGAGAUUUUGUGCUGUCUGUGCUCAGUGACCAGCCCAAGGCUGGCCCAGGCUCCCCACUCAGGGUCACCCACAUCAAGGUCAUGUGUGAGGGUGGACGAUACACGGUGGGCGGUUCGGAGACCUUUGACAGCCUCACGGACCUGGUGGAGUAUUUUAAGAAGACAGGCAUUGAGGAGGCUUCAGGUGCUUUUGUCUACCUGCGGCAGCCAUACUAUGCCACACGGGUGAACGCGGCUGAUAUUGAGAGUCGGGUCUUAGAACUGAACAAAAAGCAGGAGUCAGAGGACACGGCCAAGGCCGGCUUCUGGGAGGAGUUUGAGAGUCUGCAGAAGCAGGAGGUGAAGAACUUGCACCAGCGGCUGGAAGGGCAGCGGCCAGAGAACAAGAGCAAAAACCGAUAUAAGAACAUCCUCCCCUUUGAUCACAGCCGAGUGAUCCUGCAGGGACGCGACAGUAACAUCCCUGGGUCCGACUACAUCAACGCCAAUUACGUCAAGAACCAGUUGCUAGGCCCUGAUGAGAACGCUAAGACAUACAUCGCCAGCCAGGGCUGCCUGGAGGCCACAGUCAAUGACUUCUGGCAGAUGGUAUGGCAGGAGAACACCCGCGUCAUCGUCAUGACCACCCGAGAGGUGGAAAAAGGCCGGAACAAAUGUGUCCCAUACUGGCCAGAGGUGGGCAUGCAGCGUGCUUAUGGGCCCUACUCCGUGACCAACUGUGGGGAGCACGAUGCAGCUGAGUACAAACUCCGCACUUUGCAGGUCUCCCCGCUGGACAAUGGGAACCUGAUUCGGGAGAUCUGGCACUACCAGUACCUGAGCUGGCCUGACCAUGGGGUUCCCAGUGAGCCUGGGGGUGUCCUGAGCUUCCUGGACCAGAUCAACCAGCGGCAGGAAAGUAUGCCUCACGCAGGGCCCAUCAUUGUGCAUUGCAGCGCGGGCAUUGGCCGCACAGGCACCAUCAUCGUCAUUGACAUGCUUAUGGAGAGCAUCUCCACCAAGGGCCUGGACUGUGACAUCGACAUCCAGAAGACGAUACAGAUGGUGCGGGCGCAGCGCUCAGGCAUGGUGCAGACAGAGGCGCAGUACAAGUUCAUCUACGUGGCCAUCGCCCAGUUCAUUGAAACAACCAAGAAGAAGCUGGAGGUUAUGCAGUCCCAGAAGGGUCAGGAGUCAGAGUACGGGAACAUCACUUACCCCCCAGCCAUGAAGAAUGCCCAUGCCAAGGCCUCCCGAACCUCCUCCAAACACAGGGAGGAUGUGUAUGAGAACCUGCACAGUAAGAACAAGAAAGAAGAGAAGAUGAAGAAGCAGCGGUCAGCAGACAAGGAGAAAAACAAGGAUUCCCUCAAGAGGAAGUGAGCUGGCACCCUCCAGAGGUGGCCAUGCCUCAGCCCUGACCCCUGCAGAGGCCUCCAGUGGAUGACCCACAGCCUGAACCAAGGAGUCCCCCUUUUCCAUUGUAAUUUAAAUGGCCGUGUCCUCACCUCCCUCCCCCUUACACUGUAAAUAGCCCAGCAAGGCCCAGGCAGGGCCAGGUCCUUCUACUCUUGUAAAUAAAGUCCCUAGGGUCAUUGUGUGUGUUGCCUCUAC